UGGGAGAAAAUUGGUGCAGAACUCAAAGAAAAAUACAAUUUUGGAAUAAGGGAUGAAGGAUCUGUUUGCUCACAGAAGUGGCGCAACCUUGAAAGUGCUGUGAUGAACUUUUUACAAAAUGCUGGUGCUGGUAAUUCUGGUAAUGGAAAAGUGAAAAAACCAGCAUUUUAUGAUGAGGCGUCACCUACACCCACUACCUCCAAAGAGCAACCAGCCACGACUUCGAAUGCUACAAAUUCUGCAAGACAAUCAGCUACCAAUGCAAUGGUUUGUGAAUCUGAAAAUGCAUUAUCAGAUGAAGACGACCUCAAUGAAAGUCCAUUCAAUCAUGUGAAAUCAUCCACCAAACCAAAGAAACCUAGAGUUGACAACAGCUGCAUCCUAAAUUUUCUGAAAAAUGAAGCUGAGGAACGUCGCAAGCAAAAUGAAAGUUUGAUGAAACUGAUGCAAGAUUCCAAUGAUACUAAAAAGGUUUUCCUUAGUAUAAUUACCAAGAUGAUGAGCUCAACCACAAGCUCAAAUAAAAUUUAAGCUAAUUAAAA